AUGAAGACUGAAGCCACCUGUUCUGUCGUGUACAUCUACGCUUCUUUUGAAUCGACACAUCCUGGUAGCGCCUUGAACGAGUUUACAGAUAUCGCUGUGCACGGGAAGCCGUCUGUUCUCUCAAUCAUUGACGACAAGGGCAGACCACUCUAUGUGACUUAUGAAGGGAGAAAACUCAACCACAAUAAUACAUGCUACAACGCCAGUUUUAAAACACUGUCUUUUAAAGGCAAACCCCCAGGUGCUGAUGUUAUAUGUAGAAGAAAUGGAGUAGAGAAGGAAUGCUCGAGGGUAGAUCUUCAACUCAGUCAAUAUAAUAAAUAUUUAUGUCAAGAAAACUGGGAACAUCUGAAGAACCCGUGUGAACCGCUGGCUGAUUUGAACCAAAAUUCCAACCUCUACCACCCCGUAGAGUCUGACUCAAAAAAAUUCAUACGGUGCGACUAUCUUGGUAACAUGUACGUCAACCAAUGUCCGGAGGGACAUACAUAUGAUCCGGACACAUAUACCUGCGGUGAUCAAUCCCUUGCGGAAACUAUGCCUGGACGGACACCUUUUCCGGACCAUUUGAAGAAUCCAUGUUUGACCGCAGCAGACAAAACGGGCGUUCAAUUCUUUGGUCACCCUACAGACAAAACGAAAUUUGUACAAUGUGAUUUCACGAAGCAUACGUGGGUAAUGGGAUGCCCCGACAAGCAGGUCUGGCAACAGAUCGAUAGAACCUGUACCGUGGACUUUGCAUGGCAUCCUACGUCCGCCCCCGUCACCCCAGAUCCUAGUAUUAAGAAUCCCUGCACCACGGGUCAAGAGUUUUUCCCAAUUCCACACAAGCCUGAUCAAUUUAUACAUUGUGCGAAUGGGAUCAUGUACGUACAAUCGUGUGCCCCGCACAUGCAUUAUGAUCGUGUUAAACAUGUGUGCGGUACGGGAGAACCCAUCGGUUAA